AUGGACACAGUCUACGGCACCAAGAAGUACUUCCAGAGCUUGUCCGGCGUCAGCGAUAUAUAUCGAACGCAGACAUGUCGGCAAAUGAAUACCUCCGAAUAUAAUUAUCAGAACACGCUGGGCCGUCGCUCCCAGCUGGGCGCCUAUUAUCACAUGAACAAGCAGCCUUCGUACACGAACGAGCACAGCCUCAACAGUCAGUAUGGCUAUAAUACGUGGGGCAUUUGGCGGGACGGACGGAAUAUAGCGCCUUCGACGUUCUCGACCAAGACGCAUGCGCAUUAUCCAAAGAAUCGUUCCUUCUCGAUUAUCUUAACGACGGCCGCGUUUAUUGUGCUGCUGGCCGUGAUCUCCAUAGCCGGGCUGGCCUUCUACUUCAGCUCGAUCAAGGCCACGCUGGAGGAUCCUAUACUGGGCUUUGAGGGCUCGUUUCGCAUUGCCAAGGGGGAUCUGUACUCGACCGGGCUGAAGUAUAACCACACGACGACCUACAAGCAGAAGAUCGACUUCUACAAGCGGUUCGUGGAGCGCGCCCUAACGGACAACGGACUGCAGCCGCUCCGCACGGAUGUCUGGGGCUUCGGCGAGGGUCCUUUGAUAAAGGUCUCCUUUCGCCUGUUCCUGGACGUGCGCAAGCUGCCGCAGAACAUACUCAGCGUGGAGGAGUACAUCAAGGAGUCGCUAUUUCUGGAGACAUCCGCCAGCAAAUCGCUCUACCGCUCGCUGCGCCUGGACACCGAAUCCCUGGAGAUCAAGCGCAUCCUGGACGAGCAGGUGGUGCGCUCUGCAGCUAUACUAAAGGAAGCGCAAACCGUGCCCACCAGCCAAACGCAGCUGGAGAAGCGUCUGAUGAAGAAGGGCACGCCACCCGCUGGACAACUGCAAACAAAACCUUCCGCGCUGAGCACACCCAAGCCACGCAAUCCGGCUGUCCGACCGCAUUCGCCGGAUGAUGAGCCAGACAUUGAUGUGGAGAACGCGCCCGUCAUCCAGGGCUCCUUCGAGGGUUCCUUUGAGAUAACCAAAACGGAUGCGGACAUCGCUCGCAAAAAGACAUCACCCACGCGUUCCUAUCACAGCACCAGCAGCAGCAGCUUGCCGCCCAAGUCCAUUGCGGUGACGCCCUACUCGCUGCGCGUCAAGCCCAAGAAGCCCAGCGUGGACAAGCUGACGACCAUAACGCCGCAGAGCCCCACCAGCACCACCAGGCAGAGCACAACCAGGGCAACCACCAGAAAGCCCACGACAACCACGACAAGAAGAACCACAACAACCACAACAACAACAGCUCCGUCCACAACAAGCACAACCUCCACAACAACCGCAAGGUCAACCACAACACCCUCCACCACCACAACAACCACGACUACACCCAAGCCCACAACCAGCUCGACAACUACUACAGUGACGCCUCCGGUGACCACCACGCCGGGGUCAUUCGCUUAUCCCGCCUCCUCGACCGUUGUGUUGCCCAAAUUGGAUGCGAAUCUGUUUACCACAUUUCCCAUACUGGACACACAGCCGUGGCGGCCCAUACAUCGCGAGGUGCCGGAACUGUUGCCGGGUCCGCCGCCGGCUUUUCCCACCAAAACAUUGCCUGGACUGGGAGGCGCACCCACGCCCACGCCCACGCCCACCGUCAACCAUUUGCCACAGCGUCGCAUCGAUGAACUGGAGCUGCCUUUUAUAGCUGAUAAUCCGACGCCGCCGGCGGCUGCCAUGCCCGCCAUGGGCGUGACCCUCGAUCCGUUUAUGUCCAUGUCCGGUUUUCGCAAACCGGACGGCAAACUGGACAUGCCCAGCCAGCCGCAGCCGCAGCAGGAGCAGGACAUGCUCUUCUAUCACAACUUCGGCAGUCCCGUCUUCAUGCCCGGCACCGAGAAUAUCGAACGGUUGGGCGGGGCGCUCGUCGAGCCGCAUCCGUUGCCGGUGCCCCUGAUCGAUGAUGUGAUCGUGCCGCCCUUUAGGCCCAUCAAUCCCACGGUGGGCGGCAUGAACAAGCUGCAGUUCAACAUUGAGGGCAGCAGCGGCAAAUUCGAGCAUCUGGGCGGCGGGGUCAUUGCCAAGAAGCAGGAGAAUGCCACCAAUCAGGAGGCCAAGCUGGAAACCACGACGACCAAGCUGGGCACGAUGACAGUCUCGGGCUCGACGACGCCGCUGAAGAUCCAGCUGGAUAGCAGCACCAGGGCACCCGCUGUGCCCGGCCAGAAGCCCACGGAAAACUCUGUGCUCGCCGACACGAUUGGUGAGUUCUUCAUGGAGCUGCUGAAUCUGCCCAAGGAGGAAAAUGGCACCACAACGCCGGAGCCGGAGCCGGAGAGAAUUGAGUCACGCAUCGAGCCGGAGGAAGCGGAGGUGGAACUGGAAGCUCCCAAUGUUGCCCAGCCCAAGCCCAACUUUAUGAAUCUCAAGGAGCUGAUACUGCAGCGCAAUGCGCCUUCCUCCACGACGACCAGCUCCUCCUCGACCAGCUCCACGACGAGCACAACAACAACGACAACCACGACUGCGCCUAGCUCCACCAAGAAGAAUCGCAUACGUCCGAACAGCGAGCGACCCACCAUGCUGGACGACUCCAAUUUGUUUCCCUCGCACUCCAAGUGGGAGUUCGUGAACAGCUCGGCGCCGGUUAAUUUCGGUUACGGCGGCAAUAUGCGCAAGGUUUUCAAUAAGACGCUGCAGGCUUGGGUCUCCGAGGACGUGGAGAAGACGGAGAACUUUACGCUGCACGAUAUCAAGACCAGGAUCAACAAUGCCAGCAAUAUACAGGACAUAUCCCUCAUCUUUGAUACGCUCGCCUCCAAGCUGGGCAUCACGCCGAGUGCGCCAAUGAAAUUUCCGCCCUUCUCGCAAAACAAACUGAAGCACGGUCAACGGAAUGAGACCAAGGUGAAGCCUAGCACGACGACAACCACCACGUCGGCUCCCAUAAUGGAGUCCAGUGUCAAGAACUUUGUCGAGCUGCCGCUGCAGCAGCGUGAACCAUUUAUCCGGCCUAUGUCUAGUUUUAUGGAAGAUGGAUCCACUGAAGUGCUUGGGGCUGCGAUUCCCGUGGUCGGCGAGGCGGAGGUCGAGGUGGUGGAUCCACUCAAGUACGAGGAGCUGCUGAAGACUUCCCAGUUUGCCGAGGCAACGUCCACGGAGCCAAGUCCACAUCGUUUGGUCACGCUGCUGCCCGUGCGCUCCAAUUCCGGCAUACGCACCUACAAGCCAAUCCCCGACGACUUUGAGCCGGAGUCGCAGCGCAGCCAGAGUCAAAGCGAGCCGGUGCCCGACGCCACCAAGCCCCGAUCCAAUGGGAGCAGUAGCAUACGCCGCAAGAGCGGCAGCUCCAAUCAGAGCCGGAGAUUUGGACAGCCGCCGGCGGAGGCGAUCGUUAAAGGUGGCAUCAAGGUCACGGUUGAGAAGUGAGAUUAAGUGAAGAAUGAGCAACAGAUUUGACAAUGUGUGGAUUUAAAAAUGUGUCUUUAACAUAAUUAUUGAUAAGUAGGAAAUUUAAGAGCAUUCAAAUUUAGUAUUAGAAAUUGGCGCGUACAAAAUCUUGUUCGAAAAUUGUUCAUUAGCAGUUGCACAGAAAACGAACAAUUUUGGAAUGACAAUUUCUGUAGUAUUUUGGCAAAGUUUGUAAGCGAUUUGCCAAACGUAAGUUAGGAUUUUUUUAUUUAAUGUAUACGAACUUCCAAUUUGUUUAUCAAACACAGAGUAAAUUAUUUUCGUCAG